CAAACAUGAAUGAAACUGAAAAGAAAAGGAAGGGGAAAUUGAUAAUCAAGCGCUUUGCUUCAAUUUCCAGAAAUUGGCAUUCAUAUCAUCAUUUACCCGAAGGUCUCUCCCUCCAAUUGUCAUCGCCUCUGAAGUUAGGGUUUGUGGUUCAGCUCUGAUCUCUCUCGGAGAAAGCUCAAUUUCUUCCCUUUCGAAGCUCCCCUUGGAGUGGGAAUUUCUGGUUUCUCGUACCAGGUUAAAAGGGAAACAAUGUCGGACGGCUACUGGAACCAGCAGCAACAACCUUCUCUUCUCCCCGCCGGCGGCAUGCUUAAGCGGCCUCGCACUGAGUAUGAUAUGCAAAAUUCUGGAGUUCCUGCAGGCUAUGAUAUGAAUAGUUAUUAUGGAAAUGCAAGAGAUGGUGGGACCGGGUAUCAGCCUGUGAAAGACACAAAGACGAUUGUAUCAGCAUAUGAGCGCUAUCUUCAAAAUCAAGGUCUUCCUACUGCUUCUAGAGAAGCCAAUGCAUUCGGUGGAGGUGGCGGAAUGGCAAGUCUCCCAACCGUAGAUUCUGCUGUAAUGGACCGUUCUAGAGCAACAGCUCCAGAUAUGACAACCAAUGGUUAUGGUGGCCCGCCAUCAGGAGGAGCAAGUUCAUUACCUCGACCUGGUCGUGAUACAGUACCUCUUCCUCCCGAUGCCUCAAACACUCUCUACGUUGAAGGACUUCCUCCAGAUUGUACAAGAAGAGAAGUAGCACACAUCUUUCGCCCUUUUGUUGGAUACAAAGACCUGAGACUGGUCAGCAAGGAAUCUAAACAUCGUGGUGGAGACCCAAUCAUUCUUUGUUUUGUUGAUUUUAUGGAUCCUGCAUGUGCUGCUACUGCAAUGAGUGCUUUGCAAGGAUACAAGAUGGACGAGCAUGACCUGGAGUCGAACUACUUGAGGCUACAGUUUUCUCGCUAUCCUGGCCCCAGGUCUGGCAUGCCGGGUCGUGGAAAGAGGUGAAUGAGUUCUCCCUCCUACACCCCAGCUCUAAAGGACACUCAUUUGUUCUAGCAAACCUGUUCGAAGCCAUUGUCAAAACCUAUCUCUUGAAGAGUGUACUUGUAGGAAGAAGCUAUCUGUUUCCCCACCUUGAAAGGCAGCUAGCAUCCGUGGUAGGGCUCUAUUGCUUAGUAUGUUAUCUUUUUGUCACGCUAAUUUUUAACAUUGCUAUGUUGUAGCACAUUAGGGUCAACUUAACCAGAAAGUGAGGUGUUGAAAAAAUACCCAUUUUCUUGUAGCAAUUCUAACGUUAUUUUGUAUUGUUCUCUUCACAGUAAGAACCUGUUGUACACUAAUAAAUUAUCGUGUGGGGUUAGUUACUGGCAACCUGGCUGGGUAGCUAUUGAAUCAAGAGUUCAGGAUACCCAAUUAUGGCGAGAGAGUUAGUUGCUGGU